AUGUUCAAGCGCGCGCGCACGCCCGAGGAGCUCGCGACGAAAUGUACGGACGCGCUCGAUAAGCUUCGGAGAGACCGGGCGAACGAGGAACAGCUCGAGCGCGUGCGGAAGUACCUGACGGAGAUGCGAACGAUCUUACUCUCUCCGGACGUGUCGACGCAAUCGCGCGCGCUGGUGAAGGCGGCGUCCAAGGUCUCGCUCGCGACGCAAUUGGUGGAGCACCUGAGAAACCUGCCGUUCGAGACGAGGAAGGACGCGGCGACGGUUUUCAACUGUUUGAUUCGCACCGAGGUCGACGGCCAAGAGGUCGUGGUGGAGGAACUCAGCGACAGUCCGGAGCUCUUGGAAGUGAUCGCCACCGGAUACGAGGUAACGGAUGCCGCGCUGACGUACGGAGCGAUCCUGAGGGAUCUGUGUAGGAAUCAGACGCUGGUGCGGAAGAUUUUGUACGCCGAGAGUUUUUGGAAGUUGUUUGAGUACAUGCAGUUGCAGACGUUUGAGAUCGCGAGCGACGCGAUGGCGACGUUUCGUGAGGCGCUGACGAGACAUAAAGACAUUGCGGCAGAGUUUUUGAUGGCGAAUUACGAUCGAUUCUUCAAGGAGUAUACGGAACUUUUGGAAAAGGGCAACUACGUGACGCGUCGGCAAUCACUUAAGCUCCUGGGCGAGCUCCUGCUCGAUAGCGCAAACGUGCAAGUGAUGCUCAAGUACGUCGCCGAGGUGGAGAACAUGUGCUUCAUGAUGAAUUUGCUACGAGACGAGUCGAAGUCCAUCCAGUUCGAGGCUUUCCAUAUCUUCAAGGUAUUCGUUGCGAAUCCUGAAAAACCAGCGAUGGUGUCGACGAUUCUGACCAAGAACAAGGCAAAGCUCAUCACGUACCUGCAAGAUUUUCAGACCACGCGCGAGGACGAGUCAUUUCACUCAGAACGAACGAUGUUGCUCGAACUCUUGGCGGAUCUACCCGAUGCAGAAUAG